AUGGGAACACCUUCAUUGGCGAACCCUGAAGUUGAGGAGACAUUUGGAGACAACGAUCCGGAUAACUGUACACCAGUUAAUUUAUCUGUGGCUCUUUCAUUUGGAGUUGAUGCAGUUGAGAUCGGGGAAUUCCGAGCCAAGAGUGGGCAAAUUUUGAAAGUCAAGCCUUUCGCUGCUCUGGCAAUGAAUGAUGAGGGAGAACUUGAUUGGAAAAUAGUUGCAAUUUCAGUGGAUGAUCCAAAAGCUUCGCUAGUUAAAGACACAAGUGAUGUUGAGAAGCAUUUCCCGAUAGUUCGCUUGAGACUUCAGAGGAGGCGUAGUGUAUUUAUCCUCGCCAAAUACUUGUUUAGAGACUACAAAAUUCCCGAUGGGAAACCUGCGAACAAGUUUGGUCUAGGCAACAAGCCAGCUAACAAGGAUUAUGCCCUCGAGGUAAUCACUGAAACCAACGAGUCCUGGGCUAAACUUUUUGAAAGAUCUAUACCUGCUGGCGAGCUAUCACUUGUGUAA